AUGGCAUACCCAGUUACCCUACUCAGCUCGUGGAUUCUCACCACUAUUCUAGAAAAUGUUGAGAGGCGAGACGUGUAUGUCAGUGAUAUUGCCAGCAAACGCUUCAUAGCGUACCAUGGUCCCCGAAACUGUAAUAUCAAGUAUACACCGCUCGUGCGGAUCUUCGUGUUUUUCCCGGUCACUACCAAAGGCGAGUUGGUGGCUAUUGUAAAUGAUUCCACUCAUAAGAUAACAGUGGUAUUUACUCGGGACUCAAUUCGCAGGUUCGAGACUCGUUACGGCCAAAGACUCACCUACAAGUCCGUGCAUCGCCUAAUCAUCAUCCGUCAGGCCAACCUUAAGUUUAUGGACAAAAACACCUACAUGGAUUUCCAUCAUGUUUUGGGUAAUAUCCCUCCUGGCUCCUUAAAGGGCACCCCCCUCAUUUAUCUUGAGGUCAACGAGGCUGAAUACUUUCUGCGUGAUGCCCACACGGUGCCGGCAAGCGCAGAGAGUACUCUCAGAUUUGUGUACACUGCGCCAGAAUUCCAAAUGAUGUUCGGG